ACGACUUGAAAAAGAGUUUGUAAGAGUAGCCUCUUUUUUGUACUUAACCAGUACAAUGUCCCACUUCAAAUGAGGCGAGGCGUACUGAAGCUCGACAAUACAUUUGAAGUGACGAGUACAAAUAUGACAUUGAGGCAUACAGAAGCUCGACAUUACGUUUGUGUGCACGAGUAGCACCUCCUCUACGCACUAUCAAUAUUGCUGGAUUCAGCAUGCAGGACAGCGCUAUACACGUAAAACAGAUAGAGAUACAGAUGGACAGUGCGUAGAGGACUUAAAUGAAAUGUCAUGCCUCGCUCUCUCUCUCAGACUUACGAAGAGUGAGUGAGUAACGAGACGCGACUAUCGCGACAUUUAAUGUGAAGUAGUACAUUUUAAAAUUUUGAGCCGCUCUUACAAUUUGGCGUCAUGUCCGGGACAAAUGUACCGCCUCUUGUAAGUGCUACUCAACACUAAUAUUUAUGCUCUAUGGACCUUAGCUUUGAGAAAGUGGCUUUCUAAAGAUUUUCAAAAAUCUUUCAUAAAUAAUUUGAAGAAUAACCAACAUCAAUAAAUCAUUUUAAGGUGUACAAUAUUAUCACAAUAUGUGUUAAGUGAAGUGGUGAUUCUUUAGUGAAAUAACGCUUUACAGAACAUUAUUUUAGAAAGCAACCAACAUGGAAGCUUUGACAGUUCCGCCAUGAAUGCAAAAUAAAUAGAAAUUGGGAUGUGAAGAAGGUGCGAAGAUAAUCAAGCACUUUUAGAAUUAUCAUCAUGUUGAGAGGUGGGCGUGGAGGCCGUCACAGUCCGGAGCUGUACCCCCACACUAUAAAGUGUUCGAGCGCAAGUGACACAAGCUCCGCAUACAGUGGCAGUGACACCAUGACUUCUGUCCACAGUUCCCUCGAUAUGGACAUGGAAGUUGAUCUCUCUGGACUCUUAGAGUCCAUAGUGGAUUCAGAUGAGGAAGAAGAUCUUGAAGAAAGCAUGGACAGUCUCACAGUACGUGAUGCUGUUCGUGAAUGCCUCGAAAAAGAUCCAAGUGAAAGAACAGAUGACGACAUUGAAAUUCUCCUAGAAUUUACACAACAUUUAAAGGCAUUCACUAAUAUGACACUCACAGUGAGACGGGCAUUAUGUGCAGUAAUGGUUUUUGCUGUUGUUGAGAAAGCUGGUACAGUUGUUAUGAAUGAUGGUGAAGAACAUGACUCCUGGUCAGUCCUGAUCAAUGGACAUGUCGGAAUUGAACAUCAAAAUGGUGAAAUUGAAUAUCUGAAUGUCGGAGAUAGUUUUGGAAUGGCUGAAGCUACUUUAGAGAAAUUGUAUCACAGAGGGGUCAUGACUACAAGAUGUGAUGAUUGUCAGUUUGUAUGUAUCACCCAAACUGAUUACUACCGCAUAUUACAUCAAGGUGAAGAAAAUAUCAGGCGUCAUGAGAAUGAAAAUGGUGUUGUAGUAUUAGUAACUGAAUAUAGAGGAGCAGCUGGUGAGUCGGGUCGGCAACAAGGACAUGUUGUAAUCAGAGGAACACCUGAGCACUUAAUGUUGCAACUCAUUGAAGACAACUCUCGUGAUUCUACAUAUGUAGAAGAUUUCCUUCUUACUCACAGAACUUUCAUAGAAAGCCCAUUGGUAGUUGCCAAACAGCUACUGGCAUGGUUCUCGGAACCAACAGUUCGCGAUAAAGUUACAAGAGUUGUUUUACUUUGGGUUAACAAUCAUUUUACUGAUUUUGAAACAGACCCAACUAUGAUGGAAUUCUUGGAAAGUUUUGAGACUGCUUUGGAAACUAAUAAAAUGGAAAGUCAGUUAAGGCUGCUGAAUAUUGCAUGCUCUGCAAAGGCUAGAACUCGAAGUGUAACACUGUCUCGUCCUUCAAGGGAUGAACCAUUAAAUUUCACCAUUCUAGGAGGAUACGAAAGAGGAUAUGGUAUUUUUAUACUAAAAGUUGAAAAACAUUCAAAAGCAGAAGAAGUAGGCCUGAAAAGAGGUGAUCAAGUUAUUGAGGUAAAUGGACAAUCUUUCCAACAUGUCAGCCAUGCAAAGGCUAUGGAAAUUAUAACGGGUUCAACACAUUUAAGCAUCACAGUAAAAAGUAAUCUAUUGAGCUUUAAGCAAAUGUUACUGAUGCCUGAAAAUUCGCCCCGACAACGUGGCUGCGCCAAUAUGGUACGUUGGCAAACAGAUCCCAGAGCUCGACUUUCUACUGCAGAGUUAUUAACUGACGAUCCUAUUAUUUUGACACCUGUUUUUCAAUCUCCUACCAAAAAACCACAGCAGCUCAGUAUCAAGAAGGAACCACAAAAAGGAUUUAUGACAUUAGGCCCUAAAAGAAGACUUCAAAAAGCCUUAAUGAAAAUGAACAUUCUUCCAAAAAAUACUAUCACAGAUGGUUUGCAUAAUGAUGACAGUAUAUUAUCAAAUUCUGAAUCUCUUAACAAAGCUAACUCAAGUACUUCUUUUUAUAAUUCACACAGUAAUCCUGAUUUAAUAUCAAUUUGUUAUGAUGAAUACCAAUCUUCUGAUUAUCCUGAACAUGUAUUAAAAGUGUAUAGAGCAGAUCAAACUUGCAAAUAUCUACUAGUACACAAAGAGACCACUGCAAGAGAAGUAGUAAUGUUAACUUUACAAGAAUUUGGAAUCACUGAUCCAAGUUCUAACUUUUCUCUGUGUGAAGUGUCCGUUGCACAGGGUGGUAUAAUAAAGCAACACCGCUUACCAGAUCAGCUUCAAAAUCUUGCUGAACGAAUUGGGCUUAGUUCCAGGUAUUAUUUAAAAACAAAUGGAAUAAGUGAAACUUUAGUUCCUGAUGAAAUGGCUCCAGAACUUCUACGAGAAAGCGUUGUCCAUUUUCUACAGUUAAAUGCUGUGGAAGUAGCAGUGCAGUUAACAUUACAAGACUUUUGCAUCUUUCGCCAAAUUGAGAGCACGGAGUAUGUCGAUGAUUUGUUUGAGCUGAAGAGUAGGUAUGGUACUCCUAUGCUAUCCCAAUUUGCUGAACUUGUGAACAAAGAAAUGUUCUGGGUAGUAACAGAAGUGGUUAAUGAACAAAAUAUUGUUCGAAGAUCUAAAAUAAUAAAACAAUUUAUAAAAGUAGCAAGACAUUGCAAAGAAUGCAAGAAUUUCAAUUCUAUGUUUGCUAUUAUAUCAGGAUUAGGACAUGGUGCAGUGUCCAGAUUGAGAAUGACUUGGGAAAAAUUACCCACUAAAUACUACAAACUCUUCACUGAUCUCCAAAUGCUAAUGGAUCCUUCCAGGAAUAUGUCUAAAUAUAGACAAUUGGUUACAACUGAGCAAGGAAGAUCACCAGUUAUUCCAUUUUAUCCAGUUGUAAAAAAAGAUCUUACUUUUAUUCACCUUGGUAAUGAUACAAAAGUUGAAGGAAUGGUCAACUUUGAAAAACUUCGAAUGAUAGCUAAAGAAGUCAGAACUCUCACUAACAUGUGUAGCUCGCCCUAUGAUUUAUUUUCUUUAUUGGAAUUGGGUAAACAACCACCCUCGAGUGCAAUGGUUGCUCUGAAUCAACUCACGACAGGAGGAGUUCAACAAGGUCAAGUGACUGUGAAGAGACGGAAGAAAUCGUCAAACGUUCCUAAUCCCAAGAAAAUGUUUGAAGAAGCACAAAUGGUUCGAAGGGUAAAGGCCUAUUUGAACCGUAUGCACGUGGAAACUGACGAGGAGAGACUCCACGCUAUGUCGCUCGAGUGCGAGGGAUCCGGGCCGGCCCCCGCAAUGCCUCGCCGCCGACACCCGUCGCCCUCUCUAUCAACAACGAGUAGCGCGUCAUCAGCUAGCGAAAGCAAAAAGAGUUUCGCCGGCAAUAAAUUCGGCGCUGCUUCUCCUCAAGCCGUUAAGAAGCUACUAGCUUUAUCGGAGCCGGCAAAAACGCGGCCGCAUCAGCCGAGACCACCGCCACCGUCCGGUCCGUCGCCUUGUACACACCGGCGCGACGGUCCCGUGCCUGGUAUUUGCUGUCCUCGUACAGCGCACGAGAGAUCACACUCUGAUACGCCGACGCCUUUGCCUGUUGAUUUGUCAGCUGAAAGUAGUAGUGUGACAUCUCUAGUAAACUUGCCAUUGCGAAAGACGGGCUCUGCGACGUCAAGCGACAGCGGACAUGGGUCGUGCACUGCGCAGAGCUGCGUGAGGCCGGUGCCCCCGCCGCGCAUGCCGCAGCCGUACACGCUGGCCGCCCAAGUGGCGCGCCUCGAGCGCCUCAGUCGCGCGCACUCCCACGAGGGGGUCACGAGGCCCUACGACUAUUACCAUGACACGCCAGAUGACGACGAUGACGAUCAACAAGUAUCAGCGGUUUAAAAAAAUUUAAUACUCCUUUAAAUCAAUGUCUAUUUAUAUAGUUCACUGUUCUGUAAUCUCAAUUGACAAAUAGGAAGCACAUGUUUAUAUAAUUUUCGUAAUUAAUUAUUAUCAUAUUGUAUGUACUCUUACAGCUAAGUCUAAAGACUGUAUAAUUAAGACGAUUUCUUAGUGUUUAUAUAGUGUAAAAUUUUCAUUAUUUAGUAAGCCAUGCCUCUAAAUACUAAUUAAUUAUAUUAUAAUUAUUAUAAUGUGACCCACCAUUUCCAGUUUUACCUAGAAAAUGAUGUUUGAUGUAUACCAAUUCAAAUGUGACCUGUUGUGUAUUCACCAGUUGGUAUAUCUACAUUCCGUUAUUUGUGUAAUAUAUUAAUAAUGUUCAUUAUUUAUAAUUGUGAAACUUAGACCAAAUAAUAAUUAAUGUACCUUUUAACAUUUAUGAUUGAAAUGAUUUUAUGUUGUAGUAAUGGUAGCUUUGUGGACCAACAAUAGGUUUGAAUGUUAUUUCUCAUGGUAGCAGCUUCAGUUCUGUUAAUAUCAUGGUUUUAGUCAUAUACAUAAUUG